AUGCGUCGCAAAACAACAAAAUUUGGAGAGCGCGAGCCACAGAGGCUCCUCGGGAUCAGCGCCUGCCGCGUGAUUGCCGACGCCACAGCUCGGCCAAUCAAAAAGGGAAGCAUCGUUGCACUUGCGGCCGCAACCUCGGGAGUACACGCGUUGUCCAAGGGGUGCCUCUCCCCUCCCAAGGGCCAGCAGCAGAGGCACCUGAAGCAGCAGCAGGAGCAUCUCCGUGUGUCGCCAGGGUCCCCAUCCCCUAGCUCGCAUUUGGUCUCCAACACAUUUGAGGCGGCGGUCGCGACGGAGUGGUUCGCUCCCCGCCCCUCGCGGCUGCUGCUUGGAGCUGCACUCGUCGCAGGGUGCACUCCCGCCCUUGCUUGGCUCAUCUACCUGUGGUUGCUCCCAGCCCUCGGCGGCUGCGUGCUCCUGCCACUCUAUCUGCUGGAUUGCUGGCCCGCAGCAGUCGGCCCCGCCGCGGGGUUGCUCUCUAGCUUCGUCGUCGCGCCGCUGCAGCCGUGGCUCAAGAUCUGGCGCUACCUCAUGGGGUACCGAACUGGGUACGUAACCCCCAAAACAACGCGCAAAGGCAUUGCCGCUCUCGAGGUGCUCGAGCUCCAGAGGGCGGGUGGGGUUGGCUUUCGCGCAUUCGACUUGCUGGAGCACCUACCUUCGAACCACGUGGUGCGGUUGCGCGGCAACGACGCGAGCAAGCCGGUGGUGCUCUACCUACACGGCGGCCCGGGCGCCUCCGAGAUGAUUGCGGGCGCGGACGGUGGCUUCCGAGAGCUGUUGCAUUCCGAGUUUGUGGUCGCCGACUAUGACCAGCGCUCGGCGAUGAGCAGCGGCGCGCUCAACGACGUUCAGAGCGAGGCCUUCCUCGCGACCCUCACUAUCGAGCAGCACGUCCUCGACGCCAUCGCCAUCGGUGAGUGGCUCCACCGUGAGCCGCGGCUACUUGCUGCGCGCGGGAUGGCGCCGCUGCGCCUCCACCUGAUGGGUGGCUCGUGGGGGAGCAUGCUUGCGCUGCUAGUGGCACAGCGUCGGCCGGACCUCUUCUCGGGGCCGGUAAUCGUGCGCGGCCUCUGCGUCGACAUUCGGAGGUCGGAGGAGCUGAGUCUCCGCUAUCUGCUCGACACGAUGGCGCGGGCUGGCGCCUCGGCAGCCAGCAUCGAGGCGGUCAAGAGGGUCGGCGGGUUCCGUCCCGAUGCGCGAGAUCUCCUCGUUCAGCGGACCUGGCUGCAGUCGUACGGCGGCAUGUCCUACAAUGAGUAUGUGCGGGCGCAGCAAGGCGAGCCGGCGGGGCGGAUGGACUUGUUCUUUCGAAAUGCGCUCGCCAUGGCGACCACGCCGGAGAUUGGGCUGAAGGCCUGCCUUGAGGCGAUGCCCCUCCUCCGCACAUCGCUUGCGCGGCUCUGGGGGCAGAUGGCGGCGCAAGAUAUGCGGGUCGAACUGGUCGGCCUCAACCUAGUCGUGGCGCAAGGCAAGUAUGACCACUGCACCGCCUCCGCCCUCGUCAAGCCUUGGCUUACCGACUCGCUCUCCCUUUCCACUGGCGGCGAGGCAACGCUGGUCUGGUUCGAGGAGAGCGGGCACAGUCCUGAGAAGGAAGAGCCACGCCGCUUCGCGGAGCUCGUCUUCCAGCACUGGCUCGAGGGAGCGGGCGACUCGGCCAGCGGCAUGAUCGCGGCGCCGGCAGCGACGCCUACCUCGCCGCCGGCCGUCCACACGCACAAGCAGUGGAACCAGGGCCGUGCGUCGUUUUAG